AUGUCCGGUUGGUUAAGUGCUAAGAUAAGCGCCUUGGGGGAGAAGGUGAUGGACUCGGUGUUGGAGGCGGUGGCGAGUCAGCAGGACCAACAUCUCAAAGGAUUGCAGCAGAUGCAGCAAUGGCCAGUUUCUCGUCUAUUGAAUCGGGUUGUGAAUGCGAAAUACUUUUACAGACAAGCAAAUGUUGCCCCUUGUGCUGCAUUCGACGAGAUAUUCCCCCCACAACCCCCGCUCUCUCCCGCUGCUGCUGCUGCGGCAGCGGCAGGCAGAAGCAGCAGCAGCAGCAGCAGCCGGGCGCCCAGUGGGUGCAACGCAGACGAAAACGCCACGGCACCAGUUGCAGCGGCAGGUGCUCCCUACCCCCAAACAGGCCAACAACAGCAGCAACACCAACGGCGUGGUUCCUUGGGAUUGCUGCCUCCCUUCAUCCCAAGAGAUGCAGUUGGACGCCUGGAGAUUGCAGUACCAGGUGCUUGCUUGCUGCUGUUCAAUGCUGAGGGGGCUCGCACCAACCCACUACAGCAGCAGCAGGCGAAGCACCAGCAGCAGCUGUCAUGGAUGCUGCGGGUUCUUGUCGAGAAUCAGCAGCAGCACAGCCGCACCGUCCGCCUCAGCACCAGCAGUAGUAGUAGUAGUAGUAGUAGCGAUUGCAUGAACGAGCUGCCUUUCGAGGCUUCUUUUGAGUUCCCUGUGCGCGACCUUUGGACAGACAUUUCCCUUGAAGUUAUCUGCAUUCGCCCAUGUAGGCAGAUCAUAUUAAAAGCAAACAAGGAUGCUGCUGCGGCUGCUGCGGGUGCUCCCAGCAGCAGUAGCAGUAGCAGUAGCACGUGGGCGCCGCUUGAGGACGUUUCAGGACUGUCUGCUGCUGUUGCUGCUGGCUUAGUGCCACCUCAGCAGCAGAGAGAGCAGCUGCUACAGCAGCUGCACCAACAGCUCGGGGCUGCGUACGACGAAGGCGAUGCGGCUCGCCUUCAGCAGCAGCUGCACCAGCUACAUCAGCUACAGCAGCUGCACCAGUUGCAGCAGCAGCAACAGCAGCAGCAGCAACAGCAGCAGCAGCAACAGCAGCAGCAUGGGACAUCCACGGAUUUAUCACCUUCCGAUGGAUUUUCCAGUUUAGAUGAGCGGCAGCUGUAUGGCCGCGUAAUCAUUCCUCUGUCUUCUUUCCUCCGCGCCUCCUCCCCUGUGCAGCAACAGCAGCACCACCAGCAGCAGCAGCAGAGUUGGUGGUGGAGUGCUGAGUCUGGAUGGGUUAGCGAAGGGGAGUUUUGGGCUCAUUUAUACCCAGACAAUAAAAAGCGACAAGAGCGGAAAUACCUCAGGCCUGUUAGAGCGGCUUCUUAUCUGCGGAGCUCCUUCAAGGACCACUUGUUUGUUUUGUUAUUUUGGCUGCUGCUGUUUUAUUUUAUUGUCCUCGCGAGGCCUCAGGACUUGCCGCUUGCAGCUGCUGCUUGUGUUGCUGCCGUCUCCUUGUCUUACAAGUGCUGCGAGUCGCAGAGCAGCAGCCGGUCCCCCUGCUGCAGCACAGCUCUUGUUCUUAGCAGCACCAGCAGCAAAAGCACAGCAGAUGAGCAGCCGAAAAAGAAGAGGGUUAUUCCUCUUCCCGUGCUGCACUGCAGCACAGGGUCUCUCCCACCCCCCUCAACAACAAUCUCGUCUCCUCCUGGUGUUUCUACUGCUGCUGCGGACGGCGUCGCAGCUGCAACAGCAGGAUCAGCAGCAGGUGGUGCCGAGUCAACAGCGAGUGUGGGGAGCCACGUAAUAUGGCAUUUGCCGCAGCACCAACAGCAGCAGCAGCAGGGGGUUGUUGAUUGGAUAAAUGUCCCGGGGUGCAGCAGCAGCAGGUCGUUGGGGCAGCAGCAGCUGCAGUGGACGACGUCGGAUGCUUCUCUAGUGGAUGCUGCAACAGCACAACGAGGAGCGUCAGUGCCAUCAGGAGCUCCGUCGAAUAGUGGUUCAAAUCAAGGCCUGUGGCCGUUGCUGUCUCUUGGAGCCGAUGAUGGGGAUGCUGCUGCCGCUGCAGCUUCAGCAGCAGCUGCUGCGGCGGGAGCGGCAGCAGCCAUUCCAGGAGCAAGUACAGCGGCAGGCCCGGGAUCCGCAGGAGGAGGACCCGGGGGAGCAGUAGCAGCAGGGGCAGCAGCAGGGGCAGCAGCAGGCACAGCAGCAGCCGCUGCUGCAGUUGGUGCAGAUGAAGGAGGAGGGGGCGACGGCUUCUCUCUCGUGUUGAGCCCCUUCGGGAAGAUUCGGGUGUCUGGGCAGCCCACACCCAGCAGCAGCGAGGAGUGGCCGAUCUUUGCUGACGACGAGGCAGAACCGCACCUCGCAGAACAGUUGCAGAACCUCGUCGAAGUCUCCACUGUGCUGCAGUUGAUAUUUGGCUACACCGCACAAUGUUUAGACAAAGUGAAGUAUGCAUUUAACUGGGAAGACCCUCUGCUGACAUUUGGGUCGGUUGUUUUGCUGCUGCUGAACGGGCUGCUGCUGUCACUGCUGCUGCGGCUGUUGUGUCUGGUUCCCCUGUUCUACUGGCGUCUGUUUGCCUUCUGUUGUCUGCUGUCGAACGCUGCAACACGAGCAGCAGCAGCAGGACCUGCAGCAGGUACAACAGAUGCACCAAAGGGGGAGCUGCCGCUUGAGCAACAGCGCCGAACUGCUGCCGAGGGCUCUGCUGGAGCAGCAGCAGCAAAGGAUCAGCAACUGCAGCAGCAUCAGGCAGCAGCAGUGUCGCCGAGGUGUCAAUCGUUUACCAAUACUGAAGGGCUCCUGAGCAGUAGCUCCUCCUUCUCGCAGAAGCAACCCUCGUGGUUUGGCGGCUUCUUAAGGCAGAGGCGUAGCAGCAGCAGGCGUGAAGGAUCUGUUUCAAAGGGUGGUGAUGACGGCGCUGCCGACCCGCGCAGCGGCAGCAGAGUUCGCGCAGAGGAUGAGGCGUCGCUGCUCUCUGCUGCUACUUCUGCUAACAGCAGCAGCAGGAGUACGGCGUCAUUUUUCGUGGACUACGCAGUCCGCUGUUUGUGUGCGAUUUUGGGUGUAUGCAUGCGCGCUUGCAGAGGGCUGUUGGAGAUAGCUUUCGACCGUGUUGGAGUGCCUCUGCUGAUGCUGGUGGAGUCCGUUGCUGUUUCGUAUUUCGCUGUUGUAGCCUUUUGGUGGGCUCACCUCCCGGAGCAGAGGGAGGUUGAACACAGACAGAUUGCGCUGUCGCAGCUGCUGCCAUCCUUGUCGGUACUGUUGCCUCCUGAGGCACGCGAGGCAGCAGCAGCAGCAGCAGCGCGCCAGCAGCAGCAGCAGCACUCCUCAGCCGCGGUGGCGUCGGCGGCAGCAGCAGCAGCUGCUGCUGCAGAAGCCGGGGGAGGGGCUCCCACCGCCUCCUUCAAGCCCCACGGCCUAUUCCCAGAAGAUGUUUAUCUGUUCUUAAAACAGUACUGCCGCAGCAGGUGGAAGCGCGAGAACCCUGUGACAGCGCAGCUGUAUGCAGCAGCGCCUUAUCUUAUGCCCCGCAGCAGGAGCAGCAGCAUAUGCUUAGAUGAACCCGAACAGCAACAGCAACAGCAACAACAACAGCAGCAACAACAGCAGCAGCGAGAACCCUCUGCCUUCGGUUCUUUUUCACUCGAACUUCGCAAGGGGGCCUCUUCACCCUGGGCGUCUUCUCUCGGUACCUCUGAGGUGCAGCAGCAAGACCAGCAGCAGCAGCGGACAGAUUCCUUGCUCAGCUGGAGCGGCUUGGGGAGUGCUAUUGCAGCAGCAGCAGCAGCGACAUCAGAGGGAGGUCCAGACGCUUGUGAAGGAUCGUCUCCUCCACAGCAGCGCAGCAGCAGCAGCAGCAGCAGCAAGGGUCCGUUGCUGACUCAUUCUGAGUCCUUGACACACCUAACAGCACAAGGAGAGGUUGAGCGCCUCAUGUUGCACCCUCAGUUCAUUUCAUGGCAGCAGCAGCUCUUUGAAAGGGGACAGAGAACAGCAGCAGAUGAACUGAGCGACGACGAACAGCAGCAGCAACAGGAGCAUCAGCGGCUGCUACUGCUGCAGCAACAGGGACUGCACGCCCAGGAACACCAACAGGAGCAGAACGAGCAGCAGCAGCAGCAAGGAAAUAGAGGCGUGCGCCAACACCACCAACACGAGAAGCAACGGCAAAAGCAACAGCUGCAGCAGGAACAGCACAGAGAGAGUUCACAGGAAGCAGCAGGGCCCUUCGGUAGCCUCGCCUUUCCUGGUCUCAAGGCUCUCUUUGGCCGUAAGUCAAGUUCAGAGCACCCCGCGAAUGGCAGUGCGGCCGUAUGCCCUGCUACAAUGGCUGCUGCUGCGGCUGCUGUUGCUGCAGUGCGGCAACAACAGCAGCAGAAAAGAAGCAAGGAAGUGGAGGCAACGCCCAGAAGCAGCAGUAACAGCAGCAGCAGCAGUAGCAGGCGGAUACGGAACCCAGCAAGUUUUUCUACAGCACUAAGAGAAGGCCAGCAGCGUCCUGUCGUUCGGUUCCGCGACGGGCACCACCCUCAGCAGCAGCAACAGCAGCAUAAGCAUGACUGUCCGUACGCUAGAGGAUCUGAGGCUGUCCAUGCAGAUGAAGUGAGUGACAGCAACUGUUACGCCAGCAGCAACAGCCGCAGCAACAGUGGCAACACAGGGGAGGUAAGACCCUCCUCUCAUGUGGAUAACCGAGAUUCCGGGCUGUCGCAGCACGAGGAGGCCGACGCUAAGCCCUUGGCUCAGGAGGAGCAGCUGCUGGUACAUCCAGGAGAUCCUGGUGCUGCUCCUGCCUCGUCAACCAUCGACAGCAGUGGCACCGAUUCGGCAGCAGCAGCAAUUGCUGCAGCAGCCGCAGCAGCUGGUGCUUGCCCAGAUGAAACUCCUAAAGGGGAGCCCGUAAGCGCGUCUAUCACCACUAGGUCCUCAGUGACGCAGCAGGAGAACGAGCUCGAACCACAGCAGCAGCAGCAACACGAUGCGGAUUUGUGGGUCAAGGGCCAGCAGCACGCGCAGAUGGCGCUACAGCAGCUGCAGAAUGUGCAGCAGCAGCUGCAUGCGAUCGAAGAACAGCAGACUAUUCUUGCAAGGAAGGCUCUGCAGAAGUACCCAACAGAAGAUGCAGAAGCUUUGCAGCAGCUGCAGCAGCAGCGCCCUGGAGGCGCCUCACAACAGCAACACGAAGGAGAAUGCCGUCAAGGAGCUGGCUCCACGGACCGGCCUAUGAAGGAUUCAGGUUCACUGCAGCAGCAACAGCAGCAGCUGCAGCAACAGGAGCAACAACGUCAAUCUUCAUGGUGGCCUGCCGGCCCUUGGAACGAAACGCUGUCUUCUCCUAUGGGGCUUUCACGUGCAGAUUUCUCUUCUUGGUCGUUUUCUCAGCAUCCUCAUCAUCAGCAGCAGCGGCAUUUGAGCAGCAGCAUCCCUGAUUUGACUAGCAGGAACUGGCUGCUGGGAUCUGGGGAGCAGAUGAGGCAGCAGCAGCACACAGACCCAUCCAGCAAUGGGAGGAGCAGCAGCAUGCAGACGCUCACAGGCAAAGACAGUUUCUCUGCUGCUCUCGCAUCCAUUGGUUCAUUCGUCGAAAGCCUUGGCUGGAACUUCAAUACACCAGGAGCAGUAGCAGCACCUGCUACUGCAUCAACAACAGCUGCUGCAGCAACGGCGACAGCAGACACUGCUGCUGGAGGAGCUGCUGCACCUGCCGCUACUGACCAGCAGCAGCAGACCUAG